AUGGCGACGAGCGAUGACGAGCCUAUGCAUUUAUAUGAAGUUUUUCAAAACUGUUUUAAUAAAAUAGCAAAUAAACAACAAGUCACAGAAAAGCCCGGCUACCAGUCACCAUAUGGGGGAAUGGACAAUGGAGUGUACGGCGUGGCGGCGACGUCGUGCGCGGCGGUGAACGGCCACCACCAGCCGGACAGGCGGCAUCACCACAACCAGCACCACCAGCACGCCGAUGUUCCGCCUCAAUGGGUGAGCGCACUUGUGUCCCUCGUGUUCCGCAUCUCCCCACUUUCCCCUUUUGUACUGUUUCGCACUUGUGUUCUCUUGCUUUAG